AUGACUAAGAAUUUAAUAUCCCAUGCUAAUAUAGCUGCUAAUAAUCCUCCAUGUGUGGAUUUUCCCGAUGGUGUCCAAUGGACGGAUUUUCCAGAGUCUCAACGUAAAACCAUUAUUGAAUGUUUAAUGGUGACUCAAAAUAAUAGACAAAAUGGAAAAUCAUAUGACCAUAUUCCUUGUAAAUUUUUCAAAAAAGGAAAAUGUCAAGCCGGUAGAACUUGUCCAUUUUCACAUAGAUUGGAUUAUGAUGAAGCUUGUAAGACUCCAUGUUUAUUCUAUUUAAGAGGUGAAUGUAAAUUUGGUGACAAAUGUUUAAAUUUACAUGAAAAAUUACCAAAAAAUGGAAUUAAAGCAUUAAAUUCAAAUCAGAACAAUAAUAAUAAAUGGAAUAAUUCCGAUAUUAAUGGGAAUGCCAAUCUAACAACACCUACAAGUGACGCUAAUUAUAUUAUCGCAAAUGGAAACCAUAAUGGUACUCUGACUAAGAAUUUUACUCAAGUGAAAUCAUCUGAGCCAAUUUAUAAGGAUAAUAUUCCAAGAUACCAUGAUGUUAACUGCAAUGGACAAAAUGCUGGUCGUUCCGUACAAGAAUCAGCCCCGAUCACGUCCAAUGGGUUUUCUAAUUUGUCUUCAGAGAAUUCAAACAAUUAUGAAGGUUCAACUUCAAAUCCAUUUCCUAGUCAACGUUCUACUGUCAAUCUAGGAAUGGAUUUGGAGACUUCGAUAGUUCCACGUUCGAAUAUUUCACCAGAAUUAGAAGAUUCAAUUUCGAAACCAGUUUAUAAUUAUUUUGCAGAACCAGAAGGUUUCCCAAUUUGGAGUAAAAGCUCAGGUGCUGCUGUUGUUGGAGCUAAUAAUACACAUGGUAAGACAAAUUAUUAUAAUACGAAUUAUUUUGAUUUCAACGAACCAAUUACACGUCCCUUACAUACUACACCAACAGGGGUUUACGAUGGUAAUUCAUUCAUGAGAAAACCAACAUCGCUAGCUAUUGGUGACGUUAAAUAUUUCAUUAAUGGUAGUAACCAAAAUACCACUAAUAAAAAUUAA